AUGGAGAGGGACGCUAUCAAGAAGUGGAUUGAGGGCGUGGCCGCCGACAAUCAAACAUCCCAACCAACUAGAGAUAGCCACGCUCGCGAUGCUCACGGGGUGCAGGAAUCGCUCCUCACCCCGCCAGGAACUUCUCUCCGACAGGAAGACAGAGCCAAACGAAGACAUACGGGAAUGGACGCACCGUCAGAUAUGUCUCGUUCUGAUCCACAAAAACGACUUCGCCAGACAUUGACCACCGGUGCAGAGGCCGCUUCGCUAUCGGAUCCACUUUGCGAAGAUAUCACUUUGUCUCCUUCGAUAACCACACGUUCGGAUCUGACACCCAGCGACCGGCCUCGACAACGGUCAUCUAGUCCGAACCGUAUCAAGUCUAAUCUCGCGUCGGGCACGCCGAAAAUCAAAUACCUUCAUGAGUCGGCAGACCCAGGCAGCGACUCGGCGAGUCAGUUGCUGGAGUUCUUGACUGCGGACAACAAUGAUAGAUGGGAACCGGAAGCACACGAGAUCGACAAGAUCUCCACCGCGUCGUGUAAAUGUGCCACCCAACUACGAAGCGAAGGCUCAUGGAUUAUUGAAGUUGUUCGUCCGCUACUACAGUGUGUGAUAGAAACACUACCUCUGGAGUGUUGGAGCGUGUAA